CUAGGACCUUAACGUGCCCACACUGGAUGGAUCUGGGUGUUGCUCACGCCUACAAUCAGUGGCAGGCCUGCCUGAAGGAUGCCAUUCACCUGAACCAGCUGCUGGGUCUGCCUCUCAAGGAGCCUCAAAUUGCCUGGUUGUUCAGUGGCACAGUACUGCACCACCUGGUGAUGAGAUUGAGAAAGGGAGUCAGCCCUGAGCAACUGUUCUUGGGCUCACCCUCCAGUAGGCGGCUCUUCAACAGCCUGUUGGAUACUACUCUCCAGUAUCACCCUGAGGGCCUGUCAGUGCCGCAGCAGACCCCAGCGUUGGAUGACCUGUCUGAUUUGUUCAAGAACCUGCAGCUCCUUGAGGUGGAGGCGGAGGAAGAGAGGGCUGUAGGGAAGAGUGUGGUGGACUACAGCUGUGACAAGGUGCUGGUGAAAACCCGCUACAGAACCAAGGAGCGGAGUCACAAGGCCCAAAAUCCAGAACUCUUUCACAAGAAGGAGCGCAAAGGCUGGGACUGACUGGACUCUCUGCGGGGUGGAGCAGUGAACCCAGCAGAUGCAGCCAGAAACAGAGACAACCAGAAACCACAGAAAAUCAGAAAUCACAGCUUAGCUGCAAACUUGUAGUGACAAAAUGGGCUCAGUCGAAUCGGGAACGGUACACUAUAUCGGAAUUUACUCAUUUUCUAUUUUGAACAAAUGUGAAAAUACCGGCUGUUGACAUAUAUGAAAUACGUGUGCUCUCAAUUGUAGAAGUAAAUCUAUAUUUUUGUAUUAACACAUAGGCAAACUUUAAUGAGUACAUGCGGGUACUGUAUGAUGGACAAUGAUAGCAGCCAAUGAAAUGCGCUGAAAUUGACAUGUGGUCUGUGCGUAUAUAACAGUGUGCAUCUGUCAAUAAAGUUUCUCUUUCUACGUUGAUUCCACAAAGA